GUGGGAGAUAGCAAGACCCCCGAGACUGUUCUGUCGCUGUUUGAAUCGGCGCAACUCCUUCCUAUCCUUCUUUAAGUCUUGCUGGGCAAGCUCUCUCAGCAAGUCCCUGUAGCAACCACAGAGCGGCGUGGCCUUCCUACCUAAAAAGGCAAAGUCACCAUCAAGCAACUUUUUGUCGCACUUGGCGUCGAGCCCAAUAUGCGGUCCGCGGUCAUUGCAUCUCAAUCGGCGUAAUAAUUCUUGUCUAUCGUCAACCGCAGCCUUGGAGCCCUACGAGCUGCUGAAGGUCGUCUUGAUUGCUGACCUACAUGUACUGUUACCCACGGAGAAGCAACUUUGAGCGAUAACAACUUCGACAAUGAUCACGCCACCGCCGCCAGCUAGAGUCUCCCUCCUUGCUUCUCUCCUCCGGCCAUCGACAUCGGCUUCGAAAUCUAUAAUCCCUCAAUCCUACAUCUGCACACCAUGUCGACGACAAUUACACCGCGGUCUGCCUGGUGGGGGUUACAUCCCUGCUCCCACACCCUUCGUCCCCGACGUGCCCACCUUCCUCAAACUCAUCGGGCGUGAACUCUCCAAACACGCCGGCAAAAUCGAGUCUUGGGAGGAACUCUUCACCUUGACAUCGAUUCAGAUGAAAACACGAGGCAUCGAGCCCCCGCGGACGCGAAGAUAUCUGCUCCGCUGGCGAGAGAAGUUCCGGAAAGGGGAGUUUGGGAUCGGAGGCGACUUUCAACAUGUGAAGGAUGGCGUUGCGGAGCUACGAGUCGUCGAAGUGCCCAGUCUGAAAAAGGACCCCGUAACAGGAGACCCUAUAUCGGGCCCAGUCACGAUCGGAAGGAGUCCUGGGAUGCAGAAGCUGAUUGUCAAUGUGCCCAACGGGUCUGCCACGUAUCAGUUACUCCCGGGGCAGACGACCGCGGAUCUGAAGAAACCAAAUGGCUUUACGUUGAAAAAUGGAUACAUUAUCAAGGGCAAGCAAGCACAUCCCAUUGCAGGCACGCACGGGAGUGGUGUCACAGUCAAAGCGGUUGAAGGGCUGUGGGAGCAUAAGCGAGGGAGGAAGGUCUAUGGCGGUGAGAGGAGACGGGCGGAGACGCUGCAUAAGAUGAGAGUGGAGGAAAACAAGAAGAACGCGAGAUAGACGAGGGAGAUGUUGCGGGUCAUGGCAGAUGUCCAAAUGGGGCUUUUCGACAUAUCCCACGUUUGGACGCUGUAUGUACGAUAUUAAUCGUCGGGUGUAUCAUGUAUGUUGCUGGUCUGACACGAGUUGCGAGUGGCCCAAAUCCCAAGCACCGACUUUGACUCGGCUUGAGAUCCCCUGUUCAUUUAGGAAGGCGUCGUCGCGCUCUAUUUGAGGCUCUGCAACCGUUGUGAUCAAGAGGGCAGCCACGGUGUGAAAAAGAAAGCCCUUGAGAACGUAGCGACCUCCCAAAUUUGCGAUUCCGAUUCAAUGGCAGGUUCAGCCGUUCAAAGCGUUUCGCAAGAGGAUCUGCAACACCAAUGGCCGCCGCACCCGCUACGCUGGAGACAUCAACUGGGGCUCAGAGAUGCGGCUACAAACGACAAUUGCGAGCACGAUGCCAUGCGAAUCCCACCGUUGAUCUCUUCUUCAUUGGACGUUGAUGAGUCCUUGCAGCCAUGCGUCUCCCUCCACACACGGCAGGCGAGAACUUCCGAGGACACAGACUCAAACCAUGCUCACGGGCUCAGCAAGCAAAGGGUCCCCCAAAAGGGUAAAAUCUCGGGAGUCUCGGCUUUGUCUCAGCCGGGUCAGAGAUUUCCGUACCAAUGUGUUCCGAGACAGUGCUUGGUUAACCUAGACGUCUGCCUGCG